CGGGAGAAGAAAAGCAAUCACCCGACUACGAUCAAAUGUCCGUAGUUAGGCGCUAGGGCGACACAAAAUGCAGUGCCGAGACUGAACCGAUGCGUUUUUAUCCAAUUUGCAUUCGAGAGUGAAUAUUCGUGGAUGGCAAAAUGAGUGACGUUAUAUCAGCAAUAAGUUUGGACUCGCAGUUGGGCUCUCCAAAUUUGACCGAGGAUCUACUGCCGCACAGCGAUUGCAGCAACAAUGGCACUUGCAGCGACACAGCCUCGCAAAAGUCGGAUGAUAAGAGCAGCGUCAGCGGGGAUCACAUCGAGGACGCCUCGCCUCUGCUUCCGCAGCAGAUGGAUAUUAUAAAGCAAGAUGCUGAAAGCGAAAGCACCACCUCCGAUUAUGAGGACUCGUCCGGCAUGUAUUAUGUGCAGGUCAAGGGACUUCCGAGGUUCUACAGACUUGGGGAGCUGAAAAAACUGCUGACCGAUGAUCUGGGACUGACCAACUGCUCGGUCAGAUCUCCGAGAAGGGCCAGUCCGUGGAUCAGCUUGUGUUUCCAAACGAGAGACGAGCAGCAGCAGGCGUUGAACACACUCAAUGGAUACGACUGGAAAAAGAGGCACCUUACUGCUGAGGUGUUGAAAACUGAUCCUCUCAAGCGAAAGACGGAUUCUGAUAUCGACGACGAUGGCGAAUUGAAGAAGCUUAAGGUGGAUGUGCCAGUGGAGGAGCGGAUCAAGAUGGCCACAGUGCCCUUUUGGAAUAUUCCAUACGAAGAACAGCUUGUGAAAAAGAGAGCCGACAUGGAGGCAGCUCUCGAGAAGCUGUGCAGCAAUUUGGGCAGAAGUUACCCUGAGCUUAGCGGAUGGGCUGAGCAGCAGGCCAAACAACACACCAAUAUGGCCUGUGAGCUAAGUGCCAUUAAGCCCUCGCCUGUUACCGACGGGUACAGGAACAAGUGCGAAUUUCGCAUUGGGCUCCACCCUGAGACUAAAGAGCGUACUGUAGGCUUUCGUCUGGCCAGUUUUAAAGAAGGCUCGAUGGGAGUUGGCCCUGUUUACUGCCUGCGGCACCUACCAGACCGCAUGAAAGAGACGGUCAAGGCCUUCGAAAAAUAUGUUCGGACCUCGUCUCUGAGCCCAUUUGUGCCAGAAACACACGAAGGUCAUUGGCGUCAAGUUACCGUGAGAGUUUCAUCCCGUGGCGAUGUUCUUCUGCUUGCUGUCAUCCAUCCACAGAAUCUGACCGAAGACCAGCUUGAGGCAGUCAAGGCUGAUCUGAGGGAUUACUUUGAGACUGGUGCCGGACGCGAGUGCAAUCUGACGGCCCUCUUUUUCCAGACGUUUGUCGAGAAGCAAGAGGGAGUGAGUGCUCCGCCAGUGCAACAUCUCAUGGGCCAGCAAUAUCUGAAGGAGAAACUGAUGGGGCUUGAGUUCCGUGUGUCCGCUGACGCAUACUUCCAAGUCAACACAGCCGGUGCUCAAGAGCUGUAUGCAGCAGUUGCAGAAUUGUCUAAUUGCGACCCUCAGAAAACCACUUUGUUGGAUAUCUGCUGCUCGGCUGGAGGCAUCGGACUGUCACUUGCAAAGCAAUGCAAGCAAGUUCUUGGCAUCGAGUGUGUGGCUCAAGGUGUUGAAGACGCCAGAUACAAUGCGUCAUCAAACGGCAUUGAAAACUGCGAAUUCUUCUGUGGUCGUGCUGAGGAUGUGCUGCCCACCUUGACGGACAAAAUUACCGGAUCCCAGGUUGUAGCAGUUGUUGACCCGCCCAGGGGUGGACUUCACAAGAAAAUUGUGAACGAGCUGCGUAAGAUGGAGAACGUCAAGCGACUGAUCUACGUCUCGACAAAUCCAAAAAUCGUCAUCAAGAACUUCACAGACCUUUGCCGUCCUGGCAGCAAAGACGGAGCCAACUCCGUGUUCCUUCCCAUCAAAGCCAUCCCUGUUGACAUAUUUCCUCACACCACUCACUGCCAACUGGUGCUUUGCUUUGAGCGUGUCGAUCUCAGCUCGUUGCCAGUGCGCAAGAAACUGCCGCCCCUGAUCAAAAGUCUGGAUUCGAUGCGAGGUAACAACCGGGGCAGGGGCUUCUCCUUCCCCAAUAACAAGCUGCGAGGCCAGUACCGCCAAGCCAACAACCCCUUCCUCCUGGCAUAUCAACAGGGUCUCAAGAUGUGCCCUCCCCUGAUCGAGGACCAUCUCCGUAACUCUCCUGCUGCAGCGCCCGAGCUGCUGCCGCUCGUAAACCCUUUCUCCUUCCCGGAAAUCAUCUUUCCACCCAGAGCCCGCGGCUUUCCGCCGGCCCGCAGGAUUUUCCCGUCUGCACUACCUCCAGGGAUCAAGCGGGCCCACCCCGCCUCUUUCAUUCAGAUCCCGAUGCCACCAAAUCCGCUCGAGUCUCUGUUUCUGAGGCAGCAGUAUUUUGAUUUGUCAGCUGCUGCUGUCCCUCGACUUCCUGGCCAGCCCAUGAGGGCAAGGGGAAUGAGGCGAGGCUUCUCUCGACCCGCCCCUAAGAAGUGAAUACGGCAGAAAAGAUGCAAAUCAGUCAUCCCUCUUGCUAGUAUUAGAGUUUUCCAAAGGCUUGAGCCGUCCACAGCUACCUUCAGACUGAUAAAUAAAUUUUCUUGAAAGGUCCCUAUCAAGACUAGAUACUCUCAAAAGGAGUUUUAGGCCAAACUUGUAUGUUUUUCAAGUCAUCAGACCUUUAUUUUCCUCUUAAAAGGAAGAAAUAGUCCUUAUCCGAAUGCCAUCACAACUCAAUAUUUGGGAUGAACUCUUUGAACUCUUCCAUGCCCCUCACUUGUCAAAUUUUAGAAUUUUAUUUUGGGACCUUGCAGAUUAAAUAUGCCAGCUGACUUUUCAAUGCGAUGGCACGACUGGCUCUCAUGUUUAGAAAUUCACUAAGAAAAAUUGUGAACGGCUCAAUCCUCUGGUUAUUUCACAAAUCAGGCAGACUGUGCUCGAAAUAAGCAAUUACAAGUAUUUUGCACAUUUGAUUAAGUUAGUUUGUACGGCUAAUAUCCAGGUAAACGCCUAUAUAUUUUUCACUUUCCGCGCAGAAAUCAUUGACCAUCCAUUUCAUUUAUUAUAUGAUCUUCGAGUGCCAUGAGUUAUUUUACCAGCAUCUCAAAUUAAAGGCUUGGCUUUCAGCACUCAAAUUAAAUCUCAAAAGUUUUGAUAUUUACUGUGAUAAUUAAGCAAUUUGUUUGAAGCACAGUCGCUGCUCAAUCUAUUGAAAGAAAGAAGGUUAUUAUUUUACGCAACCUUUGAUUGUGAAAGAAAAGAAAACUAUGGGCUUAGUGCAACGUGGAUCAUUAAACGACAGGCUGCAUUUAUCACACUCGACUAAAACACAUGAACUGUGUUAAGCUUUGUAAUGAGAGCUUUUAUCACGGACUACUUAGUAAUUUGCCAGCAAUCUUUUGGCUGAUUGAUCACGAAAGAAAUUUUCUACUUGAAAAUCAAAGUCCUAGAACGAUAAAUCUGAGAUACUGAAUGUCAAAUUCAUUUUCAGUGAGUUUUCAUUGCCAUAUCAGUUGCCAAAGUUUUCGACAUUUAUUUGACAUCUGUGUGAAUUUGUCCUGAAGUGUUUAGACCUCUCCAAAAGAUUGAGUAGCCAAGGGAAUUUUUCGAAAACUAUACACGAAAGUCGCUUUUUGCAAGCUGAUUUUGGACUUUGAUAUAUCAUGUGUACAAUUAUUAUUUAUCAGUUGAUAAAAGUAACCAUCAUAAACUCUAUAGACACUAGACCAACACACAUUUUGCAUAAAUACUUGACUCGCAGUGUUAGCCGCUAAGGAUUAAAAAAUAAGUAACCAACUUUGAAUGGAGUAACUUAUGAUAAGAGCCUUACAAUUUAAUCAUAAUAGUACUUACGGAAAUGAUCGAUGGUAAUUUUGUACUUUGCAAACACAAGGUAAAAUCGAGAAACAGUGGAUUCGAUGUCAAAUCAAUGGUGUCCUCUCUGCAGUUCUAUACCGUAACAAUAAUUGAAUGUGCGUGUUCUUUGGAAUCAAACAUUUGUCGAUUUUGGAUAAAAACUUUUUGUAAUAAUUUUUGUACUUUUGUAUAAUGGGGGCAUGCAAAUUGUAGGAAUGGUACAUUGGCGGCUUUUUUACUCACUUUGUAUAAAAAAAUGUCAUUUGUCAUUUCGAGCAAUUUUGAGAUACCGAUAAGUGUUCAUACCGAUUCAAUAAUAAUUGUCGUUUUUUGUUUUUUAAAUUAUCCUUUUUUUGCAAAACGGGAGGAUUACAAUUGUCGAUUCCCUUGUACCCAUUCCACCAUUUUCGUGUUGGUUGAUUUUAUUUCUUUUUUUGUCUUACAAUUCUUAAAAUGAGAUCAAAAUUUUAAAUGGCGAAUUUCUGGUGAAAAACGAACCAGAAAGUUCGAUUUUUUAAGGCGCCACUUUGUAACUCGUUGCCUUCCGCUGCAAUAAAUUGCCGUUGGGAGUUACCCUAAUAUCAUGUAGUGUCUCAGGACAAGAUCGGUCCUGUCCUGAGAUUGAAUUCGCGUUAGCUAGUGAUUGACAAAACCUCUCUUUAUUUGUUCCUUUUAAAACCAUAUCGAUUUUGGUGCCAUCAGUUUCACUACAAUUGGAAUCGAAUACUGCCAAGAAUUAUUAGUUUCUAAGCAUUUUUAAUAUUAAUAUACAAAGAGAUCUUUUUACUCGUAUAUAUCUGUAUGUUUACAAUUAGUUCCCGUUGUGUCACAAUAAUAUUUUUUUUUUCGUAAAAUAUAGGAGCGAUUUGUGCACUUGCAUUUUUUGUCAAUAAUUAAAUUGCUAGUUGUAGGGUUUUCAUUUAAAGUUAGUGGUGCCGUGUGUAAUUUCUCUAUUAAUUCAAGUAGACAUCUCAGAUAGUAUGAUCAACUAAUCUAUGCAAACUAGGACUGCUGUUUUUAGUAUUUAUUUUGGUGUUUUUUUAUUUUGAAGCAUUGCCUUUGUCGAAAAUAAACCAUUUCACACAGCUCAUUGGGCCAAAUUUCUCUUUGACACUAAUAAUGACACUAACCAUUUUGAUAAAUAUGUAUUGAAAAGCAGUGCAUUCAUGAUUAAUACCUACCCAUAUUUAAUUUGUCUGAUACCUCAAGCAAAGUAAUUAAAAUAAUACGAACUAUAUAUUUUCAUAACAUUUCAGGAAAAACGAAACUACUUCUUGUUUUCCUUUUUCUAAAUGAUUGGGUAUUCAACAAAUUGAAGCCAUAAUAAUUCAAAAUCACCGUCUGUAAUUAAAAUUUACGAUAAUUAUAUUUUGUAUCCGCUUUGUAGAAAUAAACUAAAACAAGAAGAAGCUUGUUCGUUUUCCAGAAGGAUUAAGAUUGAUUAUAUAUGUAGGAGACACAGGAGCCAAAUUUAAUGGGCAAAGACAGAGUAUUUUGGAAAUUUUGAACGAGUAACAAAAUAAUCGUGUGACUUUUGACAGAUCUCCAGUGUCUAAAGUUCAGUUAGAAUGCAGCUCCCCUGUAACAUGAUUGUGAAAUUUAUUGAUUAUUGCAUUCGUCAAGUCCCAACAGUGUCAACAAUUUGAGAGCUUUUGUUUCCUGCAGCGCUCUGACUAUAUGAACUGCCUGUAACAUAUUUGAAGACUGCGAUGUGCUUUUUACAUUAAUUUUGAUAAAUUUACUAUGUUAGCAGACACACAAUUUGUUUGAACUGAUGUAAGAAAAUUGAAUUUUUUAUAAUUGAUGAUAACUUUUCAGCUUUUCUGGAAUGCUUAAUGAAUAAACUUGAUUUUUAUUUGUAA